AUGUUUACUCCCGAUAAUAAUAUGAUUGGAUGCGGCGGCCCGUUAACCUUAGCCGUUGCCAUUUCCCAGAUCAAGGAGCGCCGUCGCAGCCCACGGACCGGCGCCACUACCCCUACCCCGCCGUGCACGCCAAUUCAACGCACCACACCUAGCGGUGACCUAUCGAACUCAGAUGCCAAUAUUUAUGCACCAAAGUAUCUGCUCAACGAGUUUAAGAACGGACACAAGACCGUUCGUGUGUACCGCAGCAUGGUGGUUAAGUUGUACAGGGGAGGCGCUGAUGUAGCCUCCUGCGCUACGCACGAGCACCGGGUGGCAGUUCUGUUUGCAAACCAUCCGCACAUUAUGAAUGCUCGAGGUGACAUUGUGUUUAACCAGCCUCGAAAUCUUACGGUCCUUCGAUUUACCAACCACGGCUUUGAACUUAACGAUGCCAUCAACCGCGGGAUGACGGUUGCGCAGAAGGUGUUGGUGGUAUCUCAAAUUGCAUCUGCAGUGCAG